GUGUUUUUUAGUAUUAAGUCGCCAAAAAGGCGACGUUAUUUCCAUGUAUCUUACAUAAAACGUUGAGAGCGUGUACAUUAGUACAUAUAUGAUUGUGGUCAAAUUUUACGCGACCGUUCGGUUACUAGUUACAUUUUUAAAUUUCACUAAGCACAACCCUUUAUCGUCACUUCCGGUUAAAUUAAAUUCACGCGCGCACUGACUGGCUGAAAACUCUUUCAGUUUCGUAUAAAUAAAACAUACAGUAAAUAAUAAAUUCGGUUGCUACCAAUUUUCGGAACAAGCUGUUUGCUUAAUAAAUACAUUUCCUGGAUUAAAUAUGACCAGCGUGAAAGAUCCAGACGCCAAUCAGCAUUUCAGCAACAAGCUGGAAGACAUAUGGAACAGGCUGCUGGUGCAGCCUAUGCGCGAAAUGGUAGACACGGAGAUGGAGUUGUGUCAAGCUCACAAGGAGUUUUUUAAACCUAUCAAAGACAUAUGUUCAAAGAAAUGCAAAGAGGAUGAAUCCAUGUUUGAAAUGAUUCAGAAAUACAGAAAGGAUAUCGGACAAAGUCAAACCCUUUGUAAAGAGACUGGAGAUUCAAUCCCAGACAUAUUGUCAGAAAUAGAGGAAAAGGGCGCUGAGAAAGAAAUGAUGAUGCAGAAAAUCAACAAGCUGAGGCAGGAGCAGGCCAGGAAGAAGGAGUCGAUGAUUUCUCAAAACAAAGCAAAUAAGGACAAGCUGAAAAAUCUGAGUAAAGUCAAGCAGGUUUUCCAGGACUGGCUUGGUCUGGAAAUCCGAAAAAUUCAUGGGGAGAGGCUGCAGUUCAUAUUCCGAGGCAUUAACAGCAGUGAUCCUGAGGGUGUGCACACAUUCAUCCUCCGGCUCAGCGAAGAGGGCUUGUAUCAAGUUGUCUCAUGUGACCCCCCAUUGGAGUGCAUGGCUCACUUGGAAAAACGGCUGCUUGAGACCAACAACUUCUCUGCUUUCCUUGCCAAUGUCAGGAAAGAAUUUGCUGCUUUACCUAAGACCUGAUGGGGAAACCAAUUGACUGUCUCAAACUGUAGUAACAAUCUGUAGUAAUUCUGAACCCUGUCAAAUGCCAAUGCUAACUCCUCUGUGUUUUGUUCUUAUUUUUUUGGUUAAAAAAAAAAUAGCAGCGAUAUUAAAUACCUUUCUGCAUUUAUGCUGUA